AUGGCUCUCUCACCCAAAUUCGCCGGCCAGCGUAUGAUUCCAGUCUUGUCUAAUUUGACCCCUAAUCUAUCCACGAAACCCCUUCACACAUUAGAACUCUAUCUAGAUUACGUAUGUCCCUUUAGCGAAAAGCUAUUCAACACCGUCUACACAGACAUAAUUCCAUGGCUGGCCCGCGACGAGCGUCUUUCGGGCCGUACACAGGUUAUUUUUCGGCAUCAGAUUCAACCAUGGCACCCAAGUAGCACGCUUGUGCAUGAAGCUGCCCUCGCUGUACUUCGACUCGAUAGCAGUAAAUUUUGGGAGUUCAGUCAGGCCUUAUUUGCCGAAUCCAGAUCAUUUUAUGAUAUUAGCAUAGUCUCUGAGACACGCAACCAGACGUACGCCCGACUUGCAAAGAUUGCUGCUCGCAGUGGAAUUUCAGAGAACGCGAUGAUGGAUUUGCUCUCUAUUCCAGAAACCUCGGGAAAAGAUGGCCAAUUAAAUAGUGGAAACGGUGUUACCAAUGACUUGAAAGUGAUGAUCAAAAUGGCUAGAUUGUCAAGUAUUCAUGUAAGCCCAUCGGUACUUUGGGAUGGUGUUCUAGAAGGGAAUGUAAGUAGUUCAUGGACAGCAGAGCAAUUCAAGCAGUGGCUGGAAAGUAAGAUAAUCACCGAAAAGAGUUGA